AUGGCAACCGCAUUCCAACCAAGCACGCCACCUCGCUCGUCCUCAAUCAGAACUCCAGAUACUCCUCGUUGGGGCUACGAGGAUGACUACCAGCCAUACACUCCUCGCAAGUCCGCGCGGGUAAUGCAACGAUCUCGCGAGGCAAAGACUCCUCCCCCCGCCGCUCGCCAAACACCGAAGAAACCCUCAGUCUCCUAUCUGGGCGCUCCAUCUUCGUUCCCCCCAACCGCGAACAAAAAGCGAACUCAUCAAAACAACGCUAGUGAGCGACGCGUUUCUGGCGCCCUCACCUUUGACACCACCCUCUCCGCCGCUUCCUCCCUUGGGCUUGGAACCCCUCGCACCUCCACCAAAAAAUCAACAACCAAACCCCCCAGUGCUAUUCGCAACACCGCCGGCAUGCUUCCCACACCAUCGAAGACCCCGGUCGAUCGACCAGAGUACAUCGAUCCAGAUAUCAGCUCUGUCGCCCGCACUCUGUUUCCCGUUGCCGCCACUUCCGACGACGAAGUUAUGCCCACUCCGAAGAGAGGAAAGCCCAAGUACAAGGUGCUUUCACUUGCGACUGUGGAGGAGGAGGGUUCUCGGAUUGACAUUUACACCGACUUCCGCGACCGUGUUCCUGAGGUCGAUUUGAGCGCCGAUAACCCGUUCUACAGCAAAACUCCGUUCCCGGCCCCUGCUCCUGAUCCAAUGAAGGCCUACCAAGAGAAGCACACCAUGAUCAAUGUCCCCGGCGAGGGUGAGCAAUCAAUUGCGGAGCUUAGUAAACGUACUGAUGGCAUGAUCUACGUAUUCCGUGGCAAAAAGGUGUUCAGAAAGUUCAAGGAUGUCAACGGAGAGGAGGGAGGACUAGACGACGAGUCUGAUUCGGAAUAUGAAGCUGCUAACGACAUGACUCUCACCUCCAACCUCCGCCGCCCUCUCACCCGCUCGUGCAUUAAGCCACGCUUGUUGUUCCCCAACGCCGACCAACUUCGCGCCAAGGCUGUCAAGGACUCUGAGGAAGCUGAUACCGAUGUCGAGGAACUUGCCGGCUCACUUACUCCAGUUGACAAAAUUGACGAGGCCGCUGCUACCCCAAAAGCCCCCCGAUUUGGACCAUUCACCCCACCUACAACCGCUCGCACAACUCGCUCCAAGAAGGUUGAUAUGAGCAACUCCCCAGCCGACGCAGCCAGCGAUGAUGAGUCCCUCCUGAACUCCCCACUGGUCCGCAGCCACCGAUACUCCAAAGGAGCUGUCAACCCAUUCGACCAAUCGGAGGAUGGCAAGCGAGUCAAGUCCACUCUUGGAGGCAAAGACUACAAGAGAGAGGGAGAGGUUCUGACCGGUGGUGUUGUGAAGAAGCCACGCCGUCACUCUGACAUCUUCUAA